AUUGUUUUGCAGUUUGUGGAACAUGGAAAAAGAAUGCACAUGUAUAGAUGGAGGAACAAGAGCCAAGCCUGGAGAAUUUCCCUGGCAAGUGAUGGUAAUUACAGAGCAUGGAGGAUUAGGAGGUAGUUGGCUUUUGUGUGACAACUGGGUUUUAACAGCUGCUCGUGCUGUAGUUGAUCAAAGAAAUGCCUUAGCUUUGAGGAUUAAAUUGGGGGGUUCAAUCAGACAUUCUAUUCACUAUGAACAAGCCUAGGCACAAUAAAUUUUUAUUCCUGAAGGUUAUAGAAAUGGUCUUGUCCGUUUUAACAGUGAUACUGCCUUAAUUAAGCUGCAGCAUAAAUUCUCAAUUAAUUAG